AUGGAAGAUCCAGAACCGAAUCCUCCGCACGCCUCGCUACCAUCCCGCAUAGCUGCCCUGGUCCAUGCACAUUUCGACGCUCUGCCCUCUCGGUGCAAACCGACGAUUAGGGAGGAUGGGUCACGGGAAUGGAUCCCCAUGAGCGGGAUCGUUGUUGUAAAAGGAGAGGAUACGCCUUCAGAGACGCUAACCUGUGUGGCGGUUACAACCGGUGCGAGAUGUCUUUCUUCCUCUCAUAUUCCGCGAUGUCGAGGACUGGUGCUCCACGACUGCCAUGCAGAAAUCCUCGCCAUUCGCGCUUUUAACUACUGGGUUUUGAGCGAAUGCGAUUCCAUUAUUCGUCAUGAACAGCAAGCAGAUAAUUCUCAGAAAGAUGGGAAAUCGUCUUCAACGAACGACGGUUCUCCAUUUGUCCGGAGAAGGCCCCGGCAGACUUCCUCAGAGUCAGGCCACGAGUCGCGCGACUUUUGGCCGCCAUUCGAGAUCUGCCCCGAUGUCAAGAUCUACAUGUAUUGCACCUGCGCCCCCUGUGGUGAUGCCAGCAUGGAGCUCUGCAUGGCCGCCCAGGAGGACCCAACACCGUGGGCCGUGACCCCCAAACCGGAACUCCAGACCGACGAAGGCAUGACAUCUAACAUUCCCUCGGUUCAAAAUCUCUUGGACGGUCGUGCGCACUUCUCCAUCCUGGGUGUAGUCCGUCGCAAACCUGCCCGUGCGGACGCAGAGUCGACUUUGAGCAAAUCGUGCUCGGAUAAACUGGCCCUGCGCCAGGUGACCUCUCUGCUCUCAUACCCUGCCAGUCUCCUCGUCGCUCCCACGGAGAACGCGUAUCUGGCCGGGCUUAUCCUGCCAGAGGAAGAGAUCAGCUGUGUUGCAUGCGACAGAGCAUUUGGUGCAGGUCCGACUGGGAGGAUGAGAGAACUGGCGUGCCGAUGGUGGCGAAACGACGGAUGUCGGUCAGACGAGAAGUACGGAUAUCGAUUUCGGCCUUUCGAGGUUCUCUCUGUCCCGACUGAAACCGUGGAAGCUCUAUGGCCGUACGGGAAAAAGAAGGCAGAAGUCAUACCGACAUCAUCCAAAGGCCGCAAAAAGAACAGUGGCAAGCCUAGCAACAUCUCCGCCGUGUGGGUCAUAGCCCCUUCUUCUUCUUCCCAGGUCCCGUUUCAGAUGAGAAGCGGGUCAGAGAAUGAAGCGAAAAAGCAUAAGGUGAGAGCUGCGACGACCACCGGUCUCGUUGAAACAAUCAUCAAUGGUGUCAAGCAAGGGAACCAAGCUGCCUCGAUCACCGCACGAGGUUCCUCUGUCCUCUCCCGAGCGAAGAUGUGGAAUCUCCUCCGUGACAUCGUCACGAAGAUAUUGUCUCCUCCUUCUGAUAAUGAUAAUGAUCAUGAUAAUGCUGCCGUUGUAUCUGAUGACAGGGGAGAUGCCUCGACGAGCCUGAAAACGAAUGAAAGGGACAGCUAUUCACGUCCAUGGCGAACAAUCCUUGAAGCGCCAUCAUACGAGCAAUUCAAAAGACCUUCUGAAGGAUUUCUGGAAGAAGAAGAUGGCUGCUCCUCAAUACCAAUACAGUUACCGCCACAUCUACGGUUACGGAAGUUAGCCAUGCAAGACGCAAAGCGCGUCCUGAAACCAUGGAUACCGAACCGGGGAGAUGAAGACUGGAACGUGACGGAGGUGAUUGUCGCAGAUCGUCGGAAUAAGAAUGUAGAUAGAAAGGUCCUGAAAAUGGAAUCAUGA